UCCGGCGAAGCCAAGAGGUUAAAGUGGGAAGAGCGGAAAGGGGAAGGAGGGGGAGGAAGGAGGAAAAAGGGAAGGUCCUGCCUUCCUUCAGACGCAGUUAAACUACUUUUACAUUACUUCUACCAACUUUUUUUUAAUGUUUCAAUAAAAACGACCGCGACAGUUUCGCGACAGCGGUCAGUCCACACACGCGAAGCCAGCGGGGCUGAAGUGACCCGCGGGUUGACGGACGGCGACAUGUCGGAGGGAUCCGGGGCCGUCUGGAUGUGACUGGUAGAAAGGAGGAUGGAGGGAGAGAAAGAGACGGCCGAGGAAAAGGAGGAGGAGGAAGAGGAGAAAGAGCUUCAUCACAUCGCAGAGGCAACCUCUGUGGACUACCCGGACCUUCCCAUCAUGCACUGGGAAGACUUGAGCCAGCGGAUUGCUGAAUUGGAGAAACAGGAGCAAGAACGGAGGGAAAGGUCAAAGAGGGGGGCGGGGGUGAGGAUGGAGGGGAGUCAGGGGGGCGUGUGGAGUGAUGUCUCGGAGGAAGACGAGGAAGACUUCAGAAGGUGUCGAGUAACGCAGAGAUUUCACAACCACAGAAACCUUCAGCUGUGCUUCAUCAACAACAGCGACAGCGAAGACGAGGAGGAAGGAGGCAACCAAAAGGUUUCCAUGAGAACGGCUGGGCUGAAACAGGAAGUGGCCGUCGCUCUGAGGACGCUGAGAGAUAAACUGCUGGCUGAGCAGAAGGAGAAGGAGCAUCUGGCCGGCAGCAGCAGCGUUGCCAAGCGGAAACAUCUGGAGCGCUGGGAGCUGCAGGAGUGUUCAGUGCAGCAGCUCAGCAGCUUGAGAGCAUCACUUCAACAGGACGUACACGCUCUAAGCUCUGAACUGGUGGCCCACCUGUUGGUACGAGACCAGCUGAGGACAAAGCAGGACGCCAUGCUGCUGGACGUCCAGGAUCUGACCUAACACCAGGACCAAAGACAAUCCACACAAGCAAGGCGAAUGUUUGUCCACUCUAGGACCAGGUUGGGCUGCUCAUCCAUGUCCAGAAGUCAUUACCUUCAACAAAACUUUAGCUGACCUGCUAAUCAAUCGAAACUGAGUCACCAGCAUUCAGGACAGCAAAGAAGAAGUUACGACUGGAUGGUCAGACAAAAAAGAAAGUGAAUCACCCUAAAAAUCCGAAAAGUUGUACAGCGUUACUGCUGACUUUGAGAUUGAUGACAAAUGACAAACUUGAAACUAACAGAAGUCAAAGACAGAACCAGGCUUCAGCACGCAUCCAAAGGAAUAUUCUGAGGUAGUAAACAACAGCAGGUUGACAUGAAAUGACAAGAAGAAGUAACCUCAAACAGACAGAAAGUCUCUGUUUCAGAUUACCAAUGGAAAGAUUUCAGUUGGACUGUUUGAAAACCAGUGGUCCAAUUAGCUUCAGGCUAGUGAGGACACUGUUGAACUAGUUGGGCCUGUAAAAUAUCAACGAGAAAGACGAACACAACACAGCUCCUGGAUUUUGCUAUAAUUUCUUAUAACAUGCACUCAGCUAUUUAAUUCAGUAGUGUUAGUAUUAAGUAUUAAGUUACGCUCAGGAUCUGUGUUUUCAAGUUUGGGUCCAGUUUCAGUUAUAUUGGAGGUGGUCAGAAAUCCAACUGCCCUUUCUGACGCCAUCAGGUUGAUGGCACCAGUUUACUUUUACAAUAAUUUUUCAUUCAUGGAUUAUUAGCAGGUGACAUUUAAGGAUUGGAUAAACAGACGAUGUGGCGUUGACUUGGAGUUCAAUACCUCUGAUUGGAUUGCUUCUUCCAGGUUGGGAGUUGCUGUCCCAAGUGAAUAAGUUCAAGUAUUUCUCGGUCUUAUUCACUAGUCAUGGUAAUGGUGUGAGAUGGACAAAUGGAUUGGUGCAGCCCAGAACAGGCUGGGGAGAUGAUGUAUCUCAUCUGGCUUGGACACCUUGAAAUCCCCCAAGAGGAGGGAGGACAUCUGGACUACCUUGUUUUGCUGAACUGAACCCAACCGAAAGUCAGUAUCAUUUGAAGGCACAUUGGACUGACAUAAUGUAUGAAACUAAGAAACAAUCACCUAACAACAAUCUAGUUUUAUAAGAUAGUGGUGAGGUCAAGGGGACAUGUUAAAGGCCAUGAAACCCCAUAUCAUCUUCUUACAGUGACUAGUAGGACCAUUCAUGAAUUAGGUUUUUAAACCAGUCGGAUUUUGUGGAAACUGACUGAACCAUUACUUGUCAGGGCACUUCCCUGUUGCUGAAACACAUAAGGUCUGUAAGACAAAGUCGGAUGGUCAUUACUGACCUCUAGAAGGCAUUAGAUAAGUUAGGGGCUGCUACAAUCCUUUGAGCUCUGUCUGCAGCACACGCGGCAUUAGAUUAACUUAAGAAACCAGUGGUAAGGAAAUCUUCAAUCCUGAAUGAAAAAGAGGAACAGAAGCAACGUGGAGUUCAGAAUAAAAACCCUUCAUGAGCUACGAGGCUUGAAACUAUUUUAGAAAACAAAGUUGGUGCACCUUUGUUCUGUUCAAACAAUCUAGUCCUAACAAAGAUGUAGAACACAUAAAUGUGGUGAAGUCUGUGCAUUUCAAUGUUUAACAGAAGUAUUUUGUCUCUGCUGAUAGAAAAGAUUAGUGUGAUUUUUCUCAGGUAGAAAGACCAGCAGCAGGUUCACUUGGAAACUGAACCAGUCCAGCACUUUGAUCGCCACAGUACGUUCAGAUUUGGGGGUAACCAAAACUGAACAGAGAACAGAGCUCAUAUUCAGAUAUCAUUCAGACAAGAACCUUUUUUUUUUCUCCUUCUUCUUCUUCUUUAAGCCUUAUCACAUAAUAGAAAAGCCAACAUUAAUUUCCCACAACUCAAUCUCAUUUGACAAAAGAAGACUGCUGGUGUAAAUCUAUACAUUUAUAUGCAAAUGAUAACUUAUCUUAUUUAAGUUUUAUUGUGUUUACUUACUUAUUUGUUAUAAUAACAAGGGAACAUUACAUCCAUACAGAAUGUGUAGCAAGACGAGCCCAUUUUAACGGAUAUGUUAAAAUUUUGGUUGUUAUUUUUCUUAAAAAGAAUCAAAAGGGAAAUUUUCACCAAAAUUAGAAUUUUAUUUUAAAUUAUCGUUACUGAGCAUUUCUCAGAUAGUCCUCUGUACCUUAGAUUUAAAAAGUAAACGUCGACGAUACAGGAACAUUGCCGUCCAUUAAAGCUGCAUUGUUGUGACGUUAUGUAAACACAUAAAAACAACAUUCUCUCAAUGUCAGCCUAACCCUGCAAUGGAUAAGCUUUUACAGAUAAAAAUAACAAAAGGGUUUUGAAAUUGUAUUUUAAUUUUCUCUUUAACUGAUGCUCAACACUUCAGGUACAGUCAGUGAUUACAUUAUUGUUUACUCAUAUGAAAUAUAAUGCACUUAAUAUAGCCACAUAUAUGUGAUGAUGCACAUAAAAUAUUUGAUUAAACUCGUUUAACUCGAUGUUUACGUCGCCACCUAAACAUGAAGCUGUUUUUCUAACUUUCUGUAGCUUUUAAGGGUGUUAAGUUUUAUUCUGACUGCAAUAAUUUACCUUUUAGAAAUGUGGCUUUUUUUAAAAAGCAACACUAGCAUUGUUUUCGAGUGCCUUACAAAGAAAUUAUAUUUUGAUACUGAUUAAUUAUCGUUCUCUUACAUUGAUCUGUGAUGAUGAGGAACUGAAUGUCAAAUUCAUGGAAGGAAAUCUUCUGUUUGUUUGUUUUUUUUACAUUUUAUCCACAUACAUAUAUUUAAAGUCACACUGAAAUGGCAUUUUAAGAGUGUCGACAAAUGUUUAAUGUGAUUUUAUGUGAUGUGGUUCCUCUUGAAACGUGAUGCUGGUACAGGAUGUAACACAGUGAAGGAGAAUUCAAAAGUGUAGAAUAGUGAGUUAUAUUUUGGUCCUGAAAAUGAGCUAACAGGGAGCAGAUUGUUUUUCAUUUCAUUGUGACUUUAAGAGUAUUUACAAAUGUAUAUAAAAUUAAUUACAAAUGUAUUUGUAAAUGUAAACAUUAAUUCUAAAAUAUAUUUUGAUGGGAUGCAA